CGCAUCCCUAAUUAAAAACAAAAAACCAUGUCGCUGGGCAAGAAGCACGUGUUGGGGUUUUCGCCCAAUGGUGGCCAACUAUUUGCCUCGGUGGACGAGACGGGCAUCCUACGGAUAUGGGACACGGAGACGAACACACUUAAGCAGGAGUUUACGCCGAAUCUUCAGGUAUCCGGGCCUUGCACAGCCCUCACGUGGGUUUCAUUGGGAUCCCCUCGGCCUAAGAAGUCGCGAAAGAGCCUGCAGUCACAGGAUACCCCAAUUGAGCAGCUUCAUAUUGCUCUCGGAACGCUUAAAGGUUCAGUGGCUAUAUACUCUCUAGCAGAGGGAAAGAUUGUUCGGACCCUUAGUGGCGACAGUCAUGAUGGACUGGUUACUUCGAUUGCUUAUGACAACGCUGGACACCUGUACACCGUGGGCGCGGAUUGCAGGGUGCUCGUUUGGUCCUUGGCGGAGGAACGAUCCAUCGACGAAUGGCAGGUUGGGCCUGAUAAGCCACACAACAUAGCAUAUUUGCAAAAGAGUCGCACACUGGCAGUUGGUUCCCGCCAACUGAAAGUGUACGAUGUCAAGACGAAGGAGCUGGUGGAAACCUUUACGGGUCACUCGGGUGAAAUUAGAAAUAUUAGUAGCGUUAGCAGUACAGAUGGCACUGAAUUCGUACUGACCACCGCUAAGAUGGAACGCGUUAUCUGCUUCUGGAAGGUUGAAAAGAAGGGAAAGAACAAGGCAUCCGCGUGCACACUGCUCAUGGAAGAUUUGGCAUACUGUCUGGCAAGCGAAGUGCGCGAAGAUGGUCAGCUGCGUGUGGCUAGUGUAACGCGAAAUGGCAAUAUUCACAUUUACCUGCUCAACGUUAACAACUUAUCCGCUGAAAAGUUCGUAAAGCCGAAGGUAUCCCUGCAAAUUGUGUCCGAUGGCGCUGAGACUGUGGAGCCCAUUUUAGCAGUGGCGGCUCAUUUUGUGAGCGAUUCAAAUAGGUCACAUGAAAUCCUCUUUGGCUACGGCAGUCGCCAGCAGUUACAAUUUGAACGCUUUACCCCGAACUAUGGCGAAAAAUUGAACGUUAUCGUACGCGCCGAUCCAAAGAAGCUGUAUGUGAAAAAGAAGGGCAAGGAACAGCUGGGUUACCAGGCGGCCACCAAGGUCCAAAAGCCGAUAGUGAGCAAGAAGGACGUAGAGUACAACAGUGCAUUGCCCAUAUCACAAAAGAAGGUGCAGAAUGAUGUACCAAUGGAGGCUCGACUGCAGCAUCUAAAAAUCCAUGGAACCAAAUUGAGCGGAGGCAAGUUGCUGACGCAAAGCAAGACGCAGCUUCUAAUGCAGGCAUUACACAGCAAGGAUCAGGCGAUGAUACAAGCCGUUCUAAGCACGCAGGAUACAGAGACGAUACAGUUGACGUUGGAUCGACUGCCGAUCGAAUAUGUCAGCCCAUUGGUCAACGAACUGUCUAUCCUGCUACAAGGAAAGCAUGCAAAUGUCAGUUCUGCCCUGCGCUGGUUGCACGUGCUUGCCUCCACUCACACGAGUGUCCUUAUGUCCGAGGACAAGGAUGCACUUCGCGAGAAACUGGGCGUCUGCCUCGGCGUGGCGGAGCAGAGAAUGCACUGUCUGUCGGAAGCAUUACAAAUAACGGGGCGUGUGAACUUAAUAAUCAACCAGAUGAAGCGUAAUGCGGACAAUCAUCUCAACGAUACCAACGCCUUGAUUCUGGACGAGGACCCAGACGAGCCAAACGAUGCUCCCGAUGAUACGCUGCCGACAGAAACUAACUGGAGCGACCUGGAGGAUCAGGAAGGCAGCUCGAAGAGUAUUUCGGACGAUGAGCUGGCGGCGGAUGACGAUCUAGCGACCGACGAUAAUAACGCAGACACAGACUCUGAUGAAUCCAUGAACUAGCCAGUCCCUCCCAUAUUAGUUUUAAAGGAAAUUCCUCGGUUGUCGUACCGCAAGAAAUUAAACUACAAUUGUUUUCCAAA